CAUAAAAUAAAAUAUAUAAAAAAAAUUAAGUUUAUAGCUGAGAUUAUGCGAAAAUUCAAUAGAAGAAAACAAAUUUUUUUAUUCCACUUUCUGAAGCAUUUUUUAGAUAUAAAUAAUCUCGAUUGUACGGACAAAUUAGAUAGAGCGUUAUAAACUGAUAAUUCACGAUGAAUCACCUAUAAUUAAGGUCUAUUUGAGAUAAGACAAGAUAACUAGCGCGAAUCAAACAAUAAAAUUCCCGGGGACAAUUAUCAGUGUUAAAUAUUUGUUGUAAUAAACGAGAGUAUUUUAUAUUAAGUUUAAGAACAUGGGUUUGAAAUGGUUUCGUGCGAGAAUGAAAAUCCAGCAGAAAAAUUCAUCUGUAGAAAUUCCGGGACACUAUCGGCAAUUUUCGCAGUUUGAUAGAGAGCCUGCGAGAUCUGAAGAUAAAAACACACCGAGUACAUCAGAACCGAGAGCUUUAAUUCAGCCAAAAAAUAUUCCCGUGUCUCCAGUGAUUAAAAAUUUAUCACCGCCUCAAAAUCCAUUGGCGAAAUUAUCUAAUUCUGAAGAUGAUAAUAAUGGUAUAAAUUCCAGGGAGAAUUUUGUACCGAAAAUAGAAAUGAAUUCUUCUAAAAUUACUAAAAAUAAAAUGAAGAAGAAGAAGAAAGAACGGGCUCCAGUACCCGAUGCAUCGAUUGGUGAAAAUAAAAAUAGAAGUUUUAUAGUAGCGCAGAGAAAUAAAGAGUACAAAGAAAGUGAAACAGAAAUAUAAUAUAAAAAUAAAUGGUAAAUAUUUACAAGUG